AAUUUGUAAAAUGUAUGAUAUUUUUCGACAGCAAUUGAUGUCAUAAACAUCAUUGGAUCCAAUAGUCGACGCCAUCGCCGGUAAUGAUCAUAUCAUCCGAUUGAUUGACGACAAUGUAUAUACUGAAAGAGGACGAGGAUGUGGUCGUGGAGGUGGACCCGCGCGAGCAGGCCUUCCACAACAUGAUCCGAGAGCACCUCAUUUUCUUCAUACUACUGAUAAUACUGUACAGCUCUUCGUACGCCAUAAUCGCCAGCUAUAGGCGCCGUCGGGAAGAGUUGUUUAUCGACGAGGAGGACGGACUGGUGUAUCGCAUAUCCCUCUGGAUGUGUACGUUCUCGCUGGCGGUGUCCAUCGGAUCCGCGCUGUUGUUGCCGUUCUCCAUAGUGACCAACGAAGUGAUAAUCCUAUACCCGGACAGCUAUUACAUCCAAUGGCUGAACGACUCGUUGAUUCACUCGUUGUGGUCCUACGUCUUCGUGUUCGCCAACAUAUCGCUCUUCAUUCUGUUGCCGUUCGCCUACUUCUUCACCGAAAGCGAGGGCUUCAGCGGUUCCCGGAAGGGGAUUAUGGCCCGAGUGUACGAGACAUUCAUACUACUAGUGCUCCUGUCGGUGCUGGUGCUCGGGAUGACGUAUUUGGUGUGCGCGCUGACCGGCUACGAAGACAUGGGCAUCAGUCACAUGUUCACACUCUGGCAUUACCUGCCGUUCCUCUACUCGUGCGUCUCGUUCUUCGGGGUCGUCCUAUUGCUGGUGUGCACGCCGUUAGGGAUUGUCAAUCUGUUCACAGUGUUGGGUGAAGUGAUCACAAAACCGCACGUUUUGCGCAAUACUCAAGAGGAAUACGAAGAGACCAAACUCGAGGAGCUGUGUCUGCGGCGUAAGAUAGACUGCCAUAAGUCGGACACACAGUCGAUGGCCGUCUCGAAGUCGCCCUCGAAGUCAAAGUCGAUGCCAUCGUUGACGGCGUUUCUGUCGUCGACCGUAAACAGCGAUUAUAACCACUCGUCAGCCGCCGCCUCUUCGUCGACACAAUAUUCACCAUUAGUUGCGGCAAACAGUGUCCACACGAACCAUACGUCGACCACCACUGGCCUGACCUACCGGGCGAACGGCGCCUACGAAAACAUGGAUCGCCAGCGGAUAGUAGGCCGUCGAGACAGCGGAGGCGCCGCCGCGUCGCUCAACGACAUGGAACUAAGUCUCACGCAAUUGGAGUCAUUCCGGAAGGGCUUGGAGAAGAAGCUGCGCGUCGGGUGGUUACGCCGUAACCUCGGCUACCCGUUGGCGAUGCUGGCGCUCAUGUGUCUGACGGCGGUGUCGGCGCUCAAUGUCGUGCAGAACACACUGGAACUGUUGGUCGGCAUAAAAGCACUGCCCCUGUCGACCACUCAACACGCGUUCGUGUUGGGCAUCGCCUCCCUGUCCAAAAUGGGAACGAUAGGCGCCGGCGUGGAGAUUGUGCUCAUACUGUACUUGUGGUGCGCGUCGGUGGUCGGCUUAUACCGCAUACCAGUGAUCGGGCGGUUGAGGCCUAAGCUGAAGGACACGCUGUUCACGCAAGUGAUCGGCAACUGUGCCAUAGUGUUAGUGCUGUCGUCGGCGCUGCCCCUACUGGCGCGCAGCGUCGGUAUCACCAACUUUGACCUGUUGGGCAACUUCGGGCGCGUCGAAUGGUUGGGCAACUUCUAUGUGGUGUUGUUCCAGAACUGCGCCUUCGCGGUGACGGCCGCCCUCUGUCUCACCACCAAAAUAGUGACGGCUGUGAGCCGGGAGCUGUUCAAGAGGUUCAGGGAGUUCUCCGAGUGGGUCAGG